AGCGAGGCUAUUUUUUUAUUUAUAAAUAUCUCGGGCCCAUCGCCAAGCGACCGUUCGAGAGCUUAGCCUAGACAUUUAUCCUUGACAUUUCGUCAAGAGCGAGAUUCCGCAGCCAGACGAACUGUCGCGAGAGCCAAGACGCGCUUUCCCGCGUCGCCGUCUGAAGCGUCACAUGAUGCGGUUGCAAGGUGCCGAAGCGCGGGCUAUACACUAACCUCACUGACGAUCAGCUGAAAUGUGUCAAUUGCCGCCUGUCGCAAUCAAGUUAGGUGCAUUUCAGUGAAGAUUAAAUUUCAUCUUCUGUUUGCAGAAAAGCCUCCGUAGAGAAUGGAAAAAUUCGUGUUAAAUUGUUGACACGUAAAUCGGAGACACGUUUCAGUCUGAAAAAAAAAGAGAACAAAAUCCGUCUCGAUUUAUAUUCAAAUGAAAUUCACAAUGACGAAGAUGAACAGUGAGGUAAUCGUGCGCGUAUUAUACGGAAGCGAGACCGGAACCGCUCAAGACGUCGCCGAGCAGAUCUGGAAGAGUGCCAAAAGAAAAGGAUUACAAAGCACUGUUUCAUCUCUGGAAGACUAUGAUACUUGCAAUCUUAUUUCUGAUCAACUGGUGAUCUUUGUGAUAGCUACCACAGGACAAGGUGAUCCUCCAGCCAAUAUGCGACAAUUUUGGCGGCUGUUGUUGCGCAAAAAUCUCCCUACAAACAUGCUGCAAGAUCUGAAAUACAGUGUACUAGGUCUAGGUGAUAGCUCUUACCAGAAAUUCAACUUUGCUGCAAAGAAGCUGAAUAAGCGGUUGGCACAGUUGGGUGGAAAGGAAUUGUUACCGAUCGGCUUGGCGGAUGACCAGCAUAAUUUGGGAAUAGACGCCAUUGUUGAUCCUUGGGUAAAGAAACUCUGGGAGGUUGUUGAGAAUGUUUUCAACGUUUCUGUCGAGGACAAAGUUGACAAAGAAAACUCGAUAAUCGAAAGAUAUGACAUAGCCGUGGUAGAAAAGGGUCAGACGAGUUCCAUGGAUAAUCUUUGUCAAUCCAGAAACAACAUCUAUGCAGAGGAAGCACUCAUAAAGGAUGAGGUGCGAAUAGGGACGGUGGUCGAAAAUAAAAAAACCACAUCAGAGGACCACUUUCAGGACGUAAGACUGAUCCAGAUACAAGCGAACGGCGUCGAAUAUCAGCCGGGUGACGUUGUCUAUGUCCGACCAAAAAACUCUGUGGAACAAGUGAGACAUUUCUUCGACAUCCUUCAUGAGCACAACGUGAAGCUCUUCCCGGAUACAGUGAUACAAGUGUCGCAGAGGGAGAUAAAGGUGCCCUUUGUGCUGAAGCGCAGCUUGACUCUCGGGGAAAUUGUAGAACAAUAUUGGGACUUGAACUUCAAGCCACGUCGAUCCACUAUGUACACUCUGUCCUUAAUCAGUGAGAACGAACUGGAGAAGGAGAAGCUUUGCGAGUUUUCCAGUCCAACUGGCCAAGAGGAGCUGUACGACUACAUCAACAGACCGAGAAGAAAUAUCCUGGAACUCCUGGCGGACUUUCCGCAUACUACCAGCAAGCUAAACGCGAGGGUACUUUUCGAAAUCAUGUCUCCUGUGAAACCGCGCGCUUACAGCAUCGCCUCCAGCUCGAAAACUACUCCAAACGCGAUACAGAUUCUGGUAGCAGUUGUCAGGUACAAGACGAGGCUGUUGGAGCCGCGUUUCGGUUUGUGUUCGCAGUGGUUAGCUGGUUUGAAGAGUAACGACAAGGUGGUGUUCUGGUUGCAAAAGGGGACCUUUCAGUUCACGAAGGACAAGCCGAUGAUUCUGAUUGGUCCUGGCACAGGACUGGCGCCGUUUAGGUCUCUGUUUCUCGAGAGAGCUAUAACUAACAAGAGUCUAAAGGAUUAUGUGCUCUUCUUUGGCUGUAGGAACAAGGAGAAGGAUUACCAUUGCAAGGAUGAUCUGGAGAGACUGUCUAAGCAAAAGGACUUGAAAGUGUUUUGCGCAUUCUCCAGGGACCAAGAGAAUAAAGUGUAUGUGCAACAUAUUAUACGUCAACAAAGAGAGUUGUGCUGGCAAUUUUUACGGGACGGUGGCAACAUUUAUCUAGCAGGAAACUCGAAAAACAUGCCGAACGAUGUACGUGACGAAUUCGUCUGUUUAGCGAAGGAAACAGGUGAAAUGUCGAAAGAAGAGGCGGAAGUAUUCAUCGGGCAUUUAGAGAAAAGCAAUCGAUAUCAGUGCGAGACUUGGGGUUAAUACUAAAGAAGAUGUAGAGAAUCACAGAAAGAGAAAUCGUGCAACAGAUUGGAAGAGACAUGUAAUAGGUAAAACUGUUAUUUUUUCUUGUACAAAGGAAUGUAUAUACCGAGCAUUUAUGAGCUCGUACUUGCGAGAAAUAUACACAUGUAUCUUCUCAUA